AUAAUCUUAUUAUAGAGAUUAUAAGCCAUGGUUUUGAUGUAUUGUUUCAGAUGGACAUUAAGAGUGAAUGAGAUUUCCAUUUGAUCAAAAUCUAAAGCCUAAGCAUAUGUGCCAGGUCUUUUAUGUCUGUUCAUUAAUUUCACUUCAGAUUUAAUGAAGCUUUAGCAGAUUAGUUACAAUUAUAGCAUCAAGUUUUCAUUGUGUUGUUUGUUUUGUAGUAUUCCAAUUUAUAUUUGGAGUCUAACCUUUAAUGCAAUUUUUAAUUCCAUCCUUCACACGGUGCAACUGACACUGUUUUUGUAUUACAGUGUAUGUGGGUUUACUGUAUAUCGUUUAACUGUGAAGUCCUGCAAGAGACAUGUUUUUUACCAACUUUACUGAAUUCUACCUGCAGGGAUUUCCAGGACUUCAAGCGCAGUAUUAUGGAGCUGUGGGGAGCUUUUUGUUUUUCGUCUACUUGACACUGGCAGGAGGAAAUAUCUUUAUUAUUUCAUUUAUUGCAUAUGAGAGAAGCCUUCAGAAACCCACAUAUUUAAUCUUCUGUAAUCUUGCAGUGUCUGAUCUUGUUUAUGGAACUGCAACGCUACCUACAGCAUUUUCAAAAUACCUUUUCAAUGUCAACACUAUAUCAUUUUAUAGCUGCUUUGUGCAAAUGUUUUUUGUUCAUUAUUUAGGGGGUGUUAAUUCUUUUUUGCUGCUGUUAAUGGCCAUUGAUCGCUUUGUUGCAGUGUGCAACCCACUUAGAUAUUGUGCUAUUAUUACAAACAAGAUAAUUUUGUUGUCAUUUGCAUUGAUUUGGAUACUCCUGAUCAUUUCUUUGUCGGUCAUGGUGUACGAGACCUUUGAUGAACCCUUCUGUGCUUCUAAUGUUAUAACCCAAAAUUAUUGUGACCAAAAUACAUUAUCUAAACUGUCUUGUGGAGAUGUAAGGCAAAAACGAAUGUUUCCAUUUGGAAAUGCUAUGUUUGUUCUUUUAGGCCCUUUGACUUUUAUUAUAUUUUCAUUCAUUGCUAUCAUCACAGCAGUUUAUAAAAUUUCUGACAGUCAGGCUCGAUAUAAAACAUUCUCAACCUGCACUCCCCAACUUUUUAUUAUUUGUCUGUACUAUGUCCCCAGAUGUGUUGUCUAUGUGUAUGAUGUGACGGUUACGAUCUCUCCAGGUAUUCGGAUGGUGUUAGUUAUGUGCUACAGUUUGUUGCCGCCUGUUGUCAAUCCAAUGAUAUACUGCUUCAGAACUAAAGAAAUCAAAGAUGCAUUAAGAAGGAAAAUGAGACACAAAGUUAGCCUCCAGAUGACAAUGAUGUGGGGGAAAAGUAGAUAAACAUCUUUAAUAAUUGUUUACACUAUGUCCAUCUAUGUAUAUGGCUUUUGAUCAGUCUAAUGACAAACUAUGUAAUGUAUUUGUUUGUUUUGCAAAUUUGUUACCUGUUGCUUGGGGUGAGAUAUGAGUAAAUUUCAUGUUUAGUAACACAUGAACAACCAAUAUAAUUUAUUUAAAUAUUUAAGCUUUCUCUGAAAAUGCAAAAAAUAUCAAAAAUGUUCCAGCAAAAACUGGAAAUAUGUUUAUUUGUUUAAGGCCAUAUGCAGGCCAAAAGCUAUAUUGUAGGUUAAAAACUUUUUUCAGACCUGCCAAUAAAUUAUUGAUUUCACACAUUAGUUGUAUAGUGUUUGAAUAAUUACUUAGUAACACUUUCAAUAAGGUUAUAUUUGUUAACAUUAGUUACAACCAUUCUUCAAUACCAUUUAUUAAUCUUAAUUCAUGUUAAUUUUACUAUUUACUAUACACUGUAAAAAAUUGCUGUAGUUAUGCAGCUGUUUGCCAGUUACCUAUUAUAGAUUUAAAUGUAUGUUAUUUACUGGUAACAGUUUGUUCAAAGUUAAAUGAACAUUGAACAUUAUCAAGUCUUUGUUUUUGCAGA